AUGUUUAUUAGCGAUGUUACGAAGUCCAUCCCUAAGUGGAAGUUCAUGCUCGUAAUUCAAAAACUUAUUCAUCGACAACUACCAUCCAGCAAUAUGGCACCACUCGUUCUGCCUUCAGUAUUAAUCGCGAGCGCAUAUUUACUGUCAACUGUGUCUGCGGAGCCAAAUGUAGCUGAGCUCGUUGGAACAUGGUCUACGAAGUCCGCCGCAGUGUUGACUGGUCCAGGCUUUUACAAUCCAGUCAAUGAUACACUACUCGAACCUACUCAUACUGGAAUCUCAUAUUCUUUCACCGCAGAUGGCUACUAUGAAGAGGCAUAUUAUCGAGCGAUCUCAAAUCCUGCGAAACCGAGCUGUGUGUCAUCGAUAAUGCAAUGGCAACACGGCAAAUUCGUCUUAAACUCGGAUGGAUCUCUUAGUCUGAGUCCCUUUAGUGUGGAUGGUCGUCAAUUGGAAUCUGCUCCAUGUACUGCCAGUACUGCAACAUACACACGAUACAACCAGAGCGAGACACUCCAGAAAUACCAAGUCUACACGGAUCCUUAUACGAAAUUAACUCGACUUGAUCUUUACCAAUUCGAUGGAACACCUGUGAACCCGAUGUUUUUAGCCUAUAGUCCCGCUCUGAUGCUUCCUACUGAAACCCUCAACCCUACAACUUCAGCAACGUCAACUUCGAGCUCUAAAAUGAAGCGGUGGCUGGGAUACGGGGACGAACCUGAAGAGCCCACAACUUCGGAAGGCUACCUUCUUCCUCUUAACAAGAACGCCAAGCAUAUCAGUCGCGGUAUCGAGCAACCUUCGCUUAUCAAUCGCAUCGAUCUUGACCUCGUUUGGUGGGCUGGAGUCGGAUUAACCAUCUUUGGAGGCGCAGCAUAUCUGCUAUGAUCAUUUUGAGGCUGCACGAUAGACUGUAUUGUUGGAUGUUUGUAAAUUUGAAGGAUUGGGGUUAGGAGAUGAGGCAUAUAUACCAAUGGUGUCUGCAAACCAAGCACGGUGGAGUUUUUUGAGGGGUACCUAUUUCUGGGAUAUAAGAACUUUUGGGUGGGAGUGAUCCCCACUCAAGCAAGGCGUUGGAAUUUUUCUAUUGCGCGGGUUGUAAUCUUUAGAAGUUUCUUUCCUCCCGAUAUUCAUGCUAGAAAUGUCA